UGUGAAUGUCAGCCAUCACGUCAUUUGUAGUUUAGUUAGUGUGUGUCAAGUAAUGCAGAAAAAAGUCAAAAUAUUAAAAUUAAAUUCCAAAUUUCACCAAUUUAAUUAAAUUCAAUCAAAAUAAAAACACCAUCAAAAUGGAAAAUAAUAUCCAUAUAAACUUAAUAACACAACAUUGCGAUAGCACGUCUGCAAUCCAAUCCACAAUUCACACAACACUAAGUAACCAAAACAAUUAUUCUCCCGCUGAAAAGAACGACGCUGAAAAUGUUUCCAUUUCCAUUCCCACAAAACACACAACACUCGCUGCUGUUGUAGUCGAUGGUAAUGCAAACGAAAAUGCAAAUGGACAAGAAAAGGAAGCAACUUUUAUUGGGCCUUUGUUGGAAGCCGAAGCAGACACAACAAAUCAACAAGAAUUGAUGGCACGUAAUGUUUUUUCUUCGGCUGUUGUUCCUGUCGAAAGGCAAAUGGACAAUAAAACUGAAUCUUCUGUUGGUGUUGCUGUCGCUGGCACUGCUGCUGCUGCUGCAGGUGAAGAAGAUGAAGAUGACGACGAAGACGAUGCCAAUUAUGAAACAGACGAAAGCGAUAAUAAUUCAUCCGAUGAUUCGGACUUCUCCGAUCUGAGUGGACUCUCCGAGGUGUCUGGACGCGAAUGGAAGCCAGUCGCAGCAACAAAACCCAUAAAUUGGGUGCAGAAGCAAAUUCACUCGGGUGCAAAUCCGAGGGAUUUGUUAUCGCAAAUUCUGCCCAAUGGUGCCGCAGCCUCACAAAUUGCUCCCGGGCUGAACGAUAUGACAUUGUGGCGCAUUUUGGCCAGUAUGCUGUCCGAACCUCCAAGACGCCGUAAAUUGCGCACCGUAAACACAUUCAACGAUGUUAUUGACUUGGUGAAGGCGUCCAAGAACAUCAUCGUUCUCACUGGCGCAGGAGUUUCGGUGUCUUGUGGAAUCCCAGACUUUCGGUCCAGCGAUGGAAUAUACAGUCGCUUGGCCAAAGACUUCCCAGAUCUGCCUGAUCCGCAGGCUAUGUUCGACAUAAACUACUUCUCCAGGGAUCCACGGCCGUUCUAUAAAUUCGCCAGGGAAAUCUAUCCGGGACAAUUUACGCCGUCACCUUGUCAUCGUUUCAUCAAAUUGCUCGAGUCAAAGCAGAAGCUUUUACGCAAUUAUACACAAAAUAUCGACACAUUGGAGCGUGUAGCGGGAAUACACAAUGUGAUCGAGUGUCAUGGGUCUUUCUCGACUGCAAGUUGCACUAAAUGCAAAUUCAAGACAACCGCUGAUGCUAUUCGCGAGGAUAUAUUUGCCCAAAGAAUUCCCGUCUGCCCCAAGUGUCAGCCAAAUGUUAUGCAUAGUUCUGAUGCCUCGGAUAGUGUGGCUGAGGGUGAUUUGAAGACAAUCGUCGAGAAUGGAAUUAUGAAGCCGGACAUUGUUUUCUUUGGCGAAGGUCUUCCUGAAGAAUUCCACACAGUUAUGGCCAGUGAUAAGGACAAGUGUGAUCUUCUCAUUGUCAUGGGUUCUUCCCUUAAAGUUCGACCAGUUGCACUCAUACCCAGUUCAAUUCCAGCAAGUGUACCCCAGAUUCUUAUCAAUCGCGAACAAUUGCGUCAUUUGGAAUUCGAUGUUGAAUUGCUUGGAGAUUCCGAUGUUAUAAUCAAUCAAUUGUGUCACAAAUUAGCCGAAGAUUGGACCGAUAUAUGUUUCGAUCAGACAAUUCUAACCGAAGCAAAACACCUUGCUCCCCAUGCACAAGUUGUCGCCGUCGAAGAUGAAGCUGUUGUUAUAGGCAGCCUAGAUACUGACACACAAUCUGUAAAAUCUUCCACAUCAACUGAUACGGCUUUACGUUCGACAGGCUAUUCAGAUUCGGGUUUUGAGAGUUCGACUUCGUCGAUGAUCCAACCGAUGAUGAUGGGCAGGCCAGAGGAUAUGCCAUCGUGCAGCAUCCCGACACGGGCUAAUUUCUGCGAUAUACCACUGUUCAAGGAACAGGAAGAUGUUGCCGCUAUAACAAAGAUCAAACAUGGAAUGCUUGAUUUGGUGGACAAUCGUGAGGAGGAGGGCUAUGAGCCGGGUAUUGAGGAUGAGGAAAGCGAGAGUUUCAGUUUCGAUGGGAGGCUACAGAAAAAACCAGUUAAUUACAAUUAUCGGCAUUUGUCCAUAGAUUCGUCGAAGGACAGUGGCAUUUGCGACUCCUCAAAUUCGGUGUCAUGUGGAAUCGCAGGAAUAGGAAAUGGUAUUGCUGCGAGUGAAGUUGGACGUGGGGCUGGUUGUGGAGCCUCGAAAGAACAAAACAGCAUGAUAACUUCAAUAGAGUGCAGUCCUUCGACGACCAGCAAUCGAAGAAACUCCAAUUGGACUCGGAACAAACGAUCGAAACGCCAAACUGCCGCCGAACGCUUGAUCGAUGGAACCUUCUAUUGUCACGAAUCUACCUGUUCGUAUAUAUUUCCCGGUGCACAAGUCAACUUGAGCUCAGAUUCGGAGGAUUCCGACGAAGCCGAGGAGGACUUCGAGGAUGAGGAUCAACUGUCGCCACUUAUGACCUCACCCGAAGAUCUACCCCCACCGGAAACACCUGUUAAACAGCCAGCCGCCAGCAGAUCAAGUGUCAGCCCAUCGCCUUCAUCAUCGUCGGUGAAACGUGAAGCCCCCAAUGAUAUAGUUUUUAUACCGGCAGCAGCGACAACGCUCGACAAUGGCCCGCCAAUCAAAAAGCGAAGGAAUGUUCUUACUUGCUGCAGCAACACCACCACCACCACCAUAAACAGCGGCAGCAACAGUAGUAAUGUGAUUCCAGCUGAGUUUGAGUUAACUGCUGAGGAAGAAGUGCCUCCGCAGAUAUAAGAAGCCCGGUCGCAAGUUAAAUGUCUUUUUUUAUAUUAUUUUUUAUUAUUUAUGAAAGUUUCUUAUAUUGUCUUUAAUUCUCUAUAUUUUUUUUUAAUUAAUUAAUUAUCAGCCUUAAGUUAAUCGCGGUGGCAUCGGGCAGGUUUGUUUUCUACACACAUCCUCUCGAUUUAGGAAAAUUACAAAUAAAAAUAAAAAUAAAAGCAAAACUAAAAAAAUCAAAACAAUUAUGUUUCAACAAAAAAAGAAAAUACAAAGCAAAACAGUGAAGUUUAUUCUUAAAUUUUUAUUAAUUCUACCAAUAAGCUUUUAAGGAAAACUACAAAAAGAAACACAUAUAUACGUUCAACAAAACAAUCUCUCUGAAUGUCUCUCUCUGCGUUUUCAACAUCAUCAAAAAGCAACAACAGCAAACAAAAAUAAUAAUAGCACAAAUCACAUACAAACAUAAUUCAAAAACAAGAAAACAAAAUUGAUUCGUUUCGAACCGAUCCGAAGCAGACAGGCAGCAAAAGGAAAAAAAAAACAAUUUUUAAAAAUAUGCAGUUUAAAAGUUAGUUUAAAAAAUAAAACAAAAAUAUAUAUAUAAACAAUUUAGAAGGAAGAAAGAAAAAACAUAAAAUAAAAUAUACUUAUUAUCAAUGUAGUUAAAUGUCGAGCAAUCUUUUACAAAACAAAAAAGAAAUUAAUAAAAAUUAUAUGUAUGACUUUUUUUCUUAACAACUACAUAUUUUGUUGUUGUCGAAUUAUUUUUCUUCUUUUUUUUCCAGUUCUUAUAUUUUUUAGAUGUUAAAUAAAAUAAAUAUUAAUAAUUAUAUAUAAAAAAAAAUAUAAUUUCUUUUUUGUUUAGACUUUUUUCCGAUCCUUUCGGGGAAACGUUUAAAAAAUAAAUAUUAAAAAUUUAUUAAAACAAACAAAACAAAAAAAAACAUGAAUAUUGAUGUAGCUGUAUUAUUUGUUAUAAGUUAUUUAAAAAACAAUGAAAAUCAAACAGAAAACAAAAACACUAAACAAAAAUCUUAUAUAAUAACUACAAAAAAUUACUAAUCAACUCGAGUGCAUUUCUUUUGUGGGGCGUGAUCUUAAUUUUCGCCAAGUGCUCUUUUUCUUUUAGUUUUUGUCUUUUUUUCUUUAAAUAAUUCGAAAAAAUAAAUAAAUAAAUUCUUUCGUUUUGCUUUAAAAUAUUUCGUUUGAAAAGUUUUUCUUCUUUAUUUUGUACUCUCCUCUCCUCUCUUUUAUUUUAUUGGUUCUUUUUAAUAAUAUUUUUUUUUUAUUAAUUUAAAAUUAAUAAAAGAAACACCGAAAAUCACAAUAACUAAAUUUUUUUGUUUCUAGUUUACACACAAAAUAUAAUAUUAUAUGUAUACAUAUUUGCUUCAAUAAAAAGAAAUAUAUUAUUUUUUAUAAAAACAGAAAAA